CGGCCGCCUGCCCAUGCAGAAGUGAAGAAGUGAGCGCGGCCCGCGGCGGGAUGCUGGCUCUGCUGGCCGCCGGCUUGGCGCUCGCCCUGGCCGCGGGGGCUCAGGACGACCCGGCGCCGCCGCCGCUGGGCAGUCACUUCGUGUGCACCGCGUUGCCCCCCGAGGCGGCGCGCGCCGGCUGCCCGCUGCCCGCGAUGCCCAUGCAAGGCGGCGCGCUGAGCCCCGAGGACGAGCUGCGGGCCGCGGUGCUGCAACUGCGCGAGACCGUCGUGCAGCAGAAGGAGACCCUGGGCGCCCAGCGCGAUGCCAUCCGCGAGCUCUCCGGCAAGCUGGCGCGCUGCGAGGGGCUGGCGGGCACCAGAGCGUCAGCCUCGGGCAAAGACACCAUGGGCGACCUGCCCCGGGAUCCGGCUCACGUCGUGGAACAGCUCGGCCGCUCGCUCCAGACCCUCAAAGACCGCCUGGAGCGCCUCGAGAACCAGCUCCGGGCCAACACGUCCAGCACCCCACUGCCUGGGGAGUUCCGAGAGGUGCUCCAGCAGCGGCUGGGCGAGCUGGAGAGGCAACUGCUGAGCAAGGUGGCAGAGCUGGAGGACGAGAAGUUGCUGCUGCAUAAUGAGACGGCAGCACACAGGCUGAAGACAGAGAAUGCUCUGGGCGCACUGCUGCAGCGGGUCCUGGAGCUCGAGCGUGGCAACAGUGCCUUCAAGUCCCCGGACGCCUUCAAGGUGUCCCUACCCCUGCGCACCAACUACCUGUACGGCAAGGUCCGGAAGACAUUGCCUGAGCUAUAUGCUUUCACCGUCUGCCUGUGGCUGCGCUCCAGCGCCUCGCCGGGCAUCGGCACCCCCUUCUCCUAUGCAGUGCCCGGGCAAACCAAUGAGAUCGUGCUGAUUGAGUGGGGCAACAACCCCAUCGAGCUGCUCAUCAAUGACAAGGUGGCUCAACUGCCCCUUUUCGUCAGCGAUGGCAAGUGGCACCAUGUCUGCAUCACCUGGACGACACGGGAUGGGCUCUGGGAGGCCUUCCAGGAUGGCGAGAAGCUGGGAUCCGGGGAGAACCUGGCACCCUGGCAUCCCAUCAAGCCGGGGGGCGUGCUAGUGCUUGGGCAGGAGCAGGACACCGUGGGGGGCAGGUUUGAUGCCACACAGGCGUUUGUCGGGGAGCUGAGCCAGUUCAACCUCUGGGACCGUGUCCUACGUGCCCGGGAGAUCGCAGCCAUCGCCAACUGCUCCAGCGACAUGCCUGGCAACGUCAUCCCCUGGGUGGACAACAAUGUGGACGUGUUCGGGGGUGCAUCCAAAUGGCCCGUGGAGACAUGUGAAGAGCGACUGCUGGACCUGUAGCUGCCCCUCCUGAGCAGAGGGGCUGAGUGCCGUGUGUCCCUUGCUUCUUUGCUCCUUCCCCAAUCUCCCAGGAGUGCGGGUGUUGGAGAGCCCUGAACCUGCACCCCUGACAGUGAUCCUGUCCUGCUCGUCCUUGCCAUCCCUUAUGUCUCAUGUGCUCCCUCUUGCAAUCUCAAAGGCUUUGCAGCCAUCCUGCUGCCCCGUACGGCCAUGUCCCCCAUGUGCAGUGUAUCCCUCUGUCUCCCAGCACGCAAGGCCUCACCCACAGCUGACACUUUCCUUCCCAGGAACUCCUGAGCUGGGGAGUGUGUGGUUCCUGGGAGAUGCUGGUUGGGGCCUCGCAGGGUUCCCCAUCUCGGCCACACUGACCACCGGCUUUACUCCUGAAGCUCAGGAGCCUUUGCGGUGUCUGGCUUUGCCAAAGCCUCUUCUCAACGGUGCCAAAUGUCCCGCCACAGCUCUGUCCUCUUUCCUGCCUGGUCCCAAGGCAGGUCCCUGCUGGCAUCUCUCCAUUUUUCAUCUCUCUGUCUCUCCAUCUCUCUGUCUCUCCCUGCACUUCCCUGGAGCUGAUCCUCGAUGCUCAGUGAGGGUAUGGGGUAGGAGGAGACCCAGAGGAAGGAACUUGGCGGGCAAAGUUUAUAAUGCAGAAUAUUAUAUAUUUUAUUUUUCAUACACAUUCCAAGUGCACAUCUGUGCAUGCCUCAUGGGCAGAACUCUAGUUGCCUGCCCCUCUCAUCAUGUGUGCCCCCAAAAGCCUGCAAGGGGGAAAAAGUUUGGAUUAAAGUUGCCCUGGAAGUG